AUGGCUUUAACCUCAAAUGAAGAACCAUCGAAAUCAACAUCCUUCAGAUUGGAGAAAAUUACUACAAUUAGUGUUGAUGACCACGAGUUUAUUACUCCAACACAGACGGUUCUGUGCCGAGAGGACAUGUACGUAUGGAGAAGAUCACAAACAUGUCAUGAAGCAAAUAGACUUCUUUCUGAGGCUUUACCUGAAGAAUUUUACAAUAGUGUAAUGGAAAUUGUGGUGUACUUCAUGGAAUCAUUUGGAAGUCCAGUUCAUUUUAACUAUGGCCCACGCCAUGAAAUGUCAUUUGGAUUGUUUCUGUGCUGCCUCAUCAGGAUUGGAGCACUUACCGCAAAAGAUCAAGAGGGAAUAAUUACUGUUGUGUUUGUCAGUUACAUAAAAGUGAUUCACAAAUUGCAAACCACGUAUGGCUUGAGAUAUGCUCGGAGACAUGGCGUCUGGCAAUUAGAUGAUCCUAUGUACCUACCAUACAUAUGGGGCAGUUCUCAGCUCAUAGAUAUAAAACUCUUUGACAAUCUACCAGACCCACUACUAGGAUUUUCAGCUCCUGGGAAUGCUGAACAACCACCCUGCUUGGGCAACAGUAACAGGCAAAAUACAGAGAAUCCAUAA